CUAACUAUAUAUGCUAUAAAACACACAGUCGGUGACGCUCAGAGACAGCAGAACUUUUGGUUUAGAGCCGAGGAGUCCUGCUGUUGAAGAAUGGCUAACCAAACCAAGAAAACACAACGAGCCACGGAUGAGGCCAAUGGACAUACUCCUUUUCUGAUUUCUGAGGACAGCAUAGAGUACAAACUCCUUCAAGAGUACACACAGAGGAAAACCCCCACGCACAGUCAAGUCCCACAGAGUGAGGGGGUGGAAGAGACCAAGCCUCCUGUGCCAUCAGACAAAAAGAAAAAGAAGAGAUUUAAGUUUCAGAAGUGUUUAAGGUGCAUUCAGCCAGCGAAGGAAGAUGAUGGUCCCGCAAUUGAAAACAAUGGACGGCGGCCAGCCUCAGAUACAUCAUGCCCAGAACAGGAAGUGGACGACAUAGUCAACAGGCUGACUAAGAUCACAGAUUCUGUGCACUUCCUCCCCAGUGAGCUAGAAACUGAUAGUGAUGAUGAUAUUGAGAGAAUAGUGGAAAUCCUUAGAGAGCAGGGAGACAAACUCAAUGAGGAGAUUAAGAAGAACCACGUGCUUAUGGAGAUGCUACAGCGCACGCUAACGUAUAAUUACUUUAAGAAAAUAACCACGACCUAUUUAAGGAGACUGAGCCCAGAAGAGCUCCCACCUAAAAGCCAACCAAAGCAAACCCGGAUAGCUCUCAUCUGUGAAGUCACCUGCCGUCUGAAAAUCAUGGACCGCCACCCAAUGAACCGAGUGCUGGGCUUUGGGGCCAAAUACCUGCAGGAAAAUUACAGCCCGUGGGCCAGCGCACAAGGGGGCUAUGGCAAAGUUUUUAGCACAGGUGACAGUGAUGAAGAGGAAGUCCAGUGAGCUAGGAGGAAUUUGCUGGAGGAUUAAUUUCAGGAACAAAUCAGUCAAAUACUCCCAGGGACCAAGUCAAAUGUCACAAGUGAAAGAACAUUUACAAGUUUUUUUAAGAGCUGGUGCUACACAAAAUUAUGUAUUUUUAAUUGAUUACAAGAUAUUUUUCUUUAGUGCAAUAGUGAGAAAGCGUGUGCUUGGUUUUGUGAAGAAUGUGUGAGGAAGGCAAUACCUACAAUUGAAAAAAAACAGACUUAUUUAUUUUUAUAUGUAUUUGUAUUUGGGUGUUUUUGGGGAUAUUUUUUUACUCAAGGUUCCGUAAAUACGAUUAUGCUAAUGCUAAUCUAAAAUGAAGUCACUUGUGAUAUUGUAAGUACAACAAAGUGAUACCCUGAAAUUACUUCAUUCAAAUGUGUAUACCGUUUUAAAAUAAUUAAAUUAUUACUAAAUUAUUA